AUGAGGGUAUCUCUUUUUUUAAUGCUUAUUCUUACUCUUAUAAUUAGAUAAGCAAUAACAAAAGAGUGGUGUAGCAUAAAAAAUUGCUUAUUAUGUAGUUAAGACGAGAGUAGAUGCAUUGAAUGUGAAAACCAAUUUCAUUUGAGCAAUAACGGAUUGAACUGUAAAAGAUGUUCUAUAAAUUGCUAAAGUUGUACAGAAUCAAAAUGCAUUUAAUGUAAAAAGGAAUUUACACAGGAUGAAAACGAUCUUACAUAAUGCAUAAAACAUAGUUUUAAUUCAGAAUACAAGAAUAAAAGCAUGAGCCGUAAGCUUGAUGAAGAAUAAAUUGUAAUAGAUUCUGGUUGCCAUUAUACAUGUUAGAAGUGCUUGCAGAAGGGUCAAGAAAGUUUUUGUACAUCUUGUCCUAAGAGUAGAUAUUUAGACUAAUUUUAAGGACACGACUAUGGUAGAUGUUUGUGCAUAUCAUAAGGCUAAAUAGAUACAGGUACAUCUGAAUGCUAAGAUUCAGGUUUUGGGAUCGAUUCUUUUAACAUUUUAUCUUAUGUAAUCUAAGGCUUAUUCAUCCCUACUGUAAUAUUAACAUCAAUAGCGGGAGCAAAUGGAACCUUUCUUUUUCUUUUAGUAGAAACUGCAUAAUCCUACAAUAUGCUUCUUUAUUUAAAUUCUCAUAAUUUGGGAAAUAUGGAUUAAUUUCUAGAAUCAUUUAAGUUCUCGCAUUUGGAUAAGUACUUUCCUCCAAUAAUUAAUUCAGUUUACAAAUAUUUCUAUAAGCAAUAACCUAUAAAUGGAAAUCCAAAAAUUUUAUUUGAUAGCUACAACUCAGAUAACACUUUAACAAAUAAUUGGAUGUAUUUAUCUCUUAUGACACUUUUUGCAAUAAUUACUUGCAUUCUUAACAAAAUUAAGCCAGAUUACAGUUCUAAUCAGCAAGUCAUUGUGAAAUGGACAUCAUAUAUGACGUUUAGUCUUCCCUUAAUAUAUUUCUAUACAACCUUUUAAUCUAUUAUGAUGUAAACUAUUUAUACAUUUUCUUGCUUCAACGACACCAACAAACUCUCUUAAGCGGGAUUAGCGUUUAGCUUCUUGUAAUUCUUUUAUAUGAUAGGAGUUGCUAUUUUUUUAUGCUUUAUUAUUGUUAAAUAAAUUAAAAAUAAGUGGUUUUAUUUAUUUAAUCAUGUACUUUAGAAUGAAAAAACAUCAUAGAGACUGUUUAUAGUUUGGUAGUUUUUGAAAAAAAUCCUAGUUGCUUCAAUCGUUGUCGGUAUAUAUUACUCAUCUACAACAUAAGCAACUCUUCUAUUUUUAAUUUAAAUCAUUAAUGAGCUUUAUAUUUAACUUUUUAAACCUUUACAGAAUUAAGAUAAGCUAAUAAGAAGAAAAUUUAUAAUUGCUCAUUAGAUAAUCUUAGUUUUAGUUCAUUUCUUAUUUGUUUUUAAGCAAUCUACUGUAUUUAGUUUUGGAUUUGAUAUGUUUAUAGCUGUACUUAUAAUAAUUGAUUUGCUUUUAGUCAGUAUUAAAGGAAUUAGCAUUUCUAUAAGGGAUUUACGUAAAAUAAUAGUUCAAUCAUUCUAUGAAUUACAAAACGAAGAAGUUGUUAUUAAACCUGAAUAAGUUACAAUUUAGCCAUCUCUAGAAAUAACAAAUUUAAGUAUUAACAUGUCAUAAUAGUAAAAAGAAAAAUCUAUUUCAGUUUUUUCUGAAAAGCAAGUAAAUAAUUUAGAAACUAACUAGCUUAAUCAAUCAUGA